AAUCUACCGCGCUUUCUAAAGCCUUCGCUAAACAGGGAAUUAAAAUUCCAAUCCGUAAGGAAACACGUUAUAGAAAAAUCACUAAUGAAGAUUCACAUCAACCCAGUGAAGAAGUUCCUGAAACUACCUCCUCCUCCUUAGGAACACAUGUGACCACCAACGAAGAUCCUAACGCCACCGAAUCUUUCAACGAUAAUAAUGAAGCAUGUGAUCGUUCGGAACCAUCGGACGAUGCCGACGUGCUCUCUAGUACAUCACGGGAAGAAGAAAGCGAAGACAAACUUACCUCAAAGCAAUCAUGCGAACCAGAAUAA